AUGUAUCCCAACCCUCUCAUCUACUGUACCUGCUGGGACCCCUGGAACUUGGGGCCACGGAAGCUAAUCAAGACUCCUCGGCCUCUAGGCAAGACCUCCACAGGGAAGCCCAAGGUAACGCCUCUUAUAGCAGCUUCAAAAACCCAUAGUUUCUGCCAACCAACAACAAAACCUCUUGUCCCAAAAGUGGAAAUGCAUUUUGGAAAACAAGAAGAGAGCAUGAAAUUACCUUAUGAAGUGAUAAACGUGUCUCCUGGCUACCGCCUCAUUCGGAAUAGGGAACAGAUUUCUGUCACCUUGGGGGAUGAGAUGUUCGACAGAAAAAAGCAAACAGAAUCAGAGAUCAUGGACAAAAUAGAAAUUUCCAGGACUAAUAUAAUUUCGGACCUAGAAGAGCAGAUCUCAGAGCUGACAGCGAUAAUAGAGCAGAUGAACAGAGACCACCAGUCUGCCCAAAGAUUGCUCUCCAGUGAAAUGGAAAUCCGGUGUGCUGAGAUGCAGCAGAACUUUGACAACAAGAACAGGGAGCUCAAAGAGGCUCAUGCCACAGAAAUCAGUGAGUUAGAGCAAAACUACAAAGCAGCUUUGAAGGCAGAGAGGUUGGCUGCCCAGGAGAAGCUGGAGGAAAUGGGAAAAGAAUACAAAUAUUUGAAGAAUAUGUUUCACAUGUAUCAGGACAGCAUCUAUGAUGAAAUGGAAGAUAGGUGGUCAAAGCGGAAGGCAGAAUGGGAGAAGGAUGAGAGGUUGGAGCGGGAAAAGAUCCUGCUACAGCAAAAGCAUAGGAUAACUAAAAAAUUUGAGUUAGAGUCCGAAGAGGAAAAGAAGAAGAUAACUGAAUCCUACAGCACUGUCUUUGAGAAUUUCACUCGAGAGAAGGAGGAGUUCUUGAAACAACAUGAAAGUGACACCUUGAAACUAGAAGCACUGACAAAGGCCAAAGAGAUCAUAGAGGAAGAGCUGCGUGCACAAGCUGUUAUCCUAGAAACACUGAAUACCACCCUCUACCAAACCCAGAUGGAACUACAGAAAGAGAAAAUUGCAGGGACGCAGAUAGAGAAAUCACUUCAGGCCAAGUUUGUUGAAGCUGAAGAAAAGUACAAGUACACAAUACAGAUCUUGACACAAGAAAACAUGCAACUAAGGCAAAAAAUAAUUGCUAAGAAUGAAGAAAUUUAUGAAGGACGAUCUGGGAGAUUAACCUCUACUACUGUUUAUGAAGAUUAUUCUGACAUUUUAGAAGAUGUUAGUGAUUACAACAAAAAACAAGAAUAA